ACCCUCGAUAACCCUCUGCAUUAAAGUCCUCUCUUCUUCAUCGCUCUCCGCUCCUUCGCCGCCACGCCGUUGGAAGUUCCCUUGUAAACACACUCUGAAUCCUUGAUAAAGGGAAGAUGAAUCUCAACAACGUGAAGGUACCCAGGAUGCCUGAUGGCCGUGCAGCUUCUGCAUUGAUAAAGUUUGGGGCCGUUAUUGGUCUUGGAUUGUAUGCAGCUGGUAACAGUUUGUACAAUGUUGAGGGAGGGCAUCGUGCAAUUGUCUUCAAUCGUAUUGUUGGUGUCAAAGACAAGGUUUACCCAGAAGGGACACACAUCAUGAUCCCAUGGUUUGAGAGGCCAGUUAUCUAUGAUGUUCGUGCUCGACCCCAUCUAGUAGAAAGCACUUCCGGCAGCCGUGAUCUACAAAUGGUGAAAAUAGGUCUUCGAGUUCUUACUCGUCCUGUUGCUGACGAACUACCUGCGGUUUAUCGAACUCUAGGUGAGAACUACAAUGAGAGAGUCCUGCCUUCAAUUAUUCAUGAAACUUUGAAAGCUGUUGUUGCACAGUAUAAUGCUAGCCAGCUUAUUACCCAGAGAGAGGCUGUGAGUAGGGAAAUACGGAAAAUACUGACAGAAAGGGCUGCCAAUUUCAACAUCGCACUGGAUGACGUAUCCAUCACGACUCUUACUUUUGGGAGGGAGUUUACUGCUGCAAUUGAAGCAAAACAAGUGGCUGCACAGGAAGCCGAGAGGGCCAAGUUUGUCGUAGAAAAGGCUGAGCAAGACAAGCGAAGUGCCAUCAUCAGAGCACAGGGAGAGGCGAAAAGUGCCCAACUGAUUGGUCAAGCAAUUUCCAACAAUCCGGCGUUCAUAACACUCAGGAAAAUCGAAGCUGCUCGAGAAAUUGCGGCAACGAUGGCGAAUUCAUCAAACAAAGUCCUGUUGAAUGCUGAUAAUCUGUUGCUGAAUCUUCAGGAAAUGAGCCUGGAAAAGAAAUAGAAUCUCGUAAUGAAAAACUAUCACAAUGACCCUGCGUUUCGUGGUCGUUUUCUGAAAAAAAACCUGUUUGGGAAACUGAGAAACCGUUGUUGUGGAGACGGUACUAAAAAACAUGUUCUUCGAUAAAAACAUGAUAUGUUUCUUAUUUUAAGAGCAUGUUCAAUAGAUUCUUAAUAAUUUGUUUAGAGUGGAGAAACUAAAAUCAUAUCCAACUUCAAAUGAUUUUUUUCAUCAA